UCAACGGCAUGUGGAGAAGCAGAAAGAAACGAAGCCCAACAAGUAAACUUGUUGAAUGACAACCAAACUAAAAACUUUUCACCUUUUCAUCGCCGACGUUCUUCCAGCCUGCUGACAAGUCGGCACACUUCGGCGUACCGCUGCGGCGUCUCCGGCACAACUCUGCGCGGUUAGAAACCAACAAAAAUGCGAGAUCGAACGAAAGAAUUGGGGAACAAAGGUGACGCUUCAGAUGACGAUGAUGAGGGCAAAUCUCUGAUGAUCAAACCUGGAAGCUCUUCAGCCAAGGAGGAAAAGGACAAUGAGAGCUUCUUGAAAAAGGUGCAAGAAAUCCAUGAGGGUCUUUACAGCUUCAAGAGAAUGGUGUGCGAACUCGAGAACAAGCAGAAAACGGUUCUGGGUGUAGCGCUGCCCGAGGAGGGGAUGAAGAAACAGCUGCAGACACUCCGAGAUGAGAUCAAGACGCUGGCCAGUCAAAUCCAAAGGAAACUGAAGAGCAUUGAGCCCAAAAAGGGAGACGACGAUGGCAAAUAUGUGUCCAUCAACGCUCGCAUGCAGCGCACUCAGCACGCCGUCCUGUCCAGGGAGUUUGUGGAGCUGAUGGGCCACUGCAACACCAUCCAGGCCCAGUACAGAGACCGCAAUGUGGAGAGGAUACAGAGGCAACUCAAGAUCACUGGCACCCAAGUGACCGAUGAGGAGCUGGAUUCAAUGCUGGAAAGUGGCCAGACAGACGUUUUCACGCAAAACAUUCUGAGCGAUGCCAAAGCCACGAAACAAGCGCUGAACGAGAUCGAGUCACGGCACGACGAGAUCCUAAAGCUGGAACGAAGCAUCAAAGAUCUUCACGACAUGUUUCAGUACUUGGCCAUGGAGGUGGAAGCUCAGGGGGAGAUGGUGGACCAGAUCGAGCACAACAUCAAGCAGUCGUCCAACUACGUGGAAAGGGCCAAGGAGAACACGGAGAAAGCGGUCACAUAUCAACAGAAAGCUCGCAAGAAAAAGAUUUGGAUCGCAAUCUGCUUGGCCGUGGUCAUCAUCAUUCUCGCCAUCUCGCUGGCCGCCACCUUCUCCUGACGCAGAGGGCCGCCUGUAACGCUUGGGUCUGGAUCUGUUACGAAUAUGCUCGGCGCCUUCCUUUUGCCUCUCUAACACAUAGUCGGCCUUCCCCUGUGUUGCUCGUCCCUGUAAAAAUAUCCCAUGCAUCAAGACCAGGACUGUUAUAACAGCCCCCCGCCCCCCAAUCAGACUGGAGCCUGACGGGCGCUGAUCAAUCAGUACUCAGGAAUACUUUUGGUUUUAUAGGACAAAGGGGGAUCUCUUUUAUAACAAAUUGUACAUAAUGUAUAGUGCUGUUCACGCAAACGUUACUAACUGCCCUAGUGUAAUUAUGUGGUGUAAAUACAGAUGUUUGUACCCCCACGGUUCCUCCCCUUUGGAUUUUUAAUAGCGUCGCGGACCAGUUUUUGUAUUUAUCACUUGAACUUGGGACGUGUGGGAUGCCAAGAGCAUAUUAAAUUCUUAAAGGCCUCAUCAUGCACUGAAACGUUUUUUUCCCCUUUUCUUCGCUGCUUGCAGUCAAACUCGAGCUGCAGUUGGUCUGUGCAUUUGCAAUGAAAUAACUUGGAAAAUUAAUUUGGGAAAUGUGUAUUACUGUGGCUUUGGUCUCAAAAUAAAAUGCUGCCAUCUUC